UUUCCUUGCACCUGCCCGCGGGUCUCUAUGUCUUUUUCCGCCCGGAAAAUCCCCCUCUCCUGCCCCAGCUGGACCUGAUCCUAACCGUGGAGAAAGAGCCCCCCUCGCCCGCCCCAGAACCGGGGUCUUGGAGCGAACAUGUCGCUCGGACACCACCACGCCUGGCUUCCCCCAGGUCAUCUGCGCCCGCCUGAUGAUUUCCAUGAUGCGCGGUCCAUCAAUGGCUACCCCAAAUCAUUUUCCGGUUCUCGAACCCCCCAGAUGCGCGCUUCGGCCGAUGCCGACGGGUCUCACGCGGGCGGUCUGAUAUCGGAUGCGGAUAUUGCAGGUGAUGAGGACCCGCGCAUCGCCAUGUUCCGCGAAAUGUACAAACGGAGUGAGGCGAAGAUAAAUACCCUCUUUGCCAACCAGAAGUCGGCCGAAGAUGCCCACCGUGGCGCGGUCCCUGACUUCGACGGCCCCCAAACCAUGAACCAACGCGCCGACGAACCCGCUCCGCUCCCGGCGCCCCCUAAGAAGCCCGCCAGAAAGCUAGACGACGAUGACUAUGACGAGUAUGAUGAGGAUGGUGAAGAUGAAGCUGACACUCCCCCCCCUGCGAAGAGCAGGUCUCUUGGUUGGUCCCAGGUCCCGAGUAGUUUCCCGUCGCCCAGUCGACCACCCAGCGGCUCCAUCUCGGUAGGCCCUGAUGCGCAAAAGGAGGCCAAGAAGGAGACACUGGAGGACAUCCGCAAGAAGCUAGAGGAAGACAAGAAGGCAACCGAGGAAGCUGCCAGAAGAAGCUUCCACACCCUCUUUUAUACAUUAGAGAACGAUAGAGAUGCCAUGUUGGAUCAGCAGCGGCUAGAAGAGUCGGAGCGACAGGUUGAAGCUGAAAUGUCGGGCCAGGCGAGUGCGGGCAGCAAUGCAAAUCCGACUUCCAACGGAUACGGGUCGCUGAGCAGCGCGAACCUGGGCGCCUCGAGCCUGACCCUGAAGAACCUGAUCGCACGGAUUGAUAUGAAGCGGAGUCUAGUCCAAGCCUCCGAUGCGGAACUUCGGAGUCUGAUGAGCGAGGUCAGGAAGAACCGAAGUAAAUGGGCCAGCGAGGACAAGAUCGGCCAGGAGGAGUUGUAUGAAGCGGCGGAGAAAGUCCUCAGUGAGCUCAAGGCGAUGACCGAGCAUUCGAGUGCGUUCUUGACUCGAGUCAACAAGCGCGAUGCGCCUGACUAUUACACGAUCAUCAAGCAUCCAAUGGAUCUAGGUACUAUGACCAAGAAACUCAAAGCUCUGCAAUACAAGUCGAAGCAGGAGUUUGUUGAUGACAUCAAUCUGAUAUGGUCCAAUUGUUUCAAGUAUAACACUAACCCGGAACACUUUCUCCGCAAGCAUGCCAUGUACAUGAAGAAGGAGACGGAGAAGCUCGUGCCACUCAUCCCGGAGAUCGUCAUUCGAGACCGCGCUGAAGUCGAGGCAGAAGAGCGGAGACUGCAGAUGGCGGAGCUCGAUGGCGCCGAAGAGAGCGACGACGAGCCGAUCAUGUCGUCCCGUGGUCGUAAGGCCCCAGGAAAAUCAUCGUCGAAGAAGGGAACGGCUCCGGUUCGGAACACCCCUAGCGGGUCAGAGCCUCCCGGUGGCCAGGCCUCUCAGCCCCCGGGUCCUGUGCGUUCGGAUUCUGAUGUGCCAAUGGAAGGGACUCAAAAUGGGUUUGCAACGCCACCUCCCGGCACGCAGACACCCUCCGAUCCUGCCGGUGUUGGUGCUGGUCUGCCAGGAAGCCAGAGUGACGCCAUGGAAAUUGACGGUCUCAUCCCAACCAGCACUAUAGUGAACGCCUUACCUGCGUCGGGGGUGGAAUCGGAAGACCCCGAGUACAAGGUUUGGAAACAGGUGACGAAGAAGGAUCGAGCGGUUAUCGCUGCUGAGAGGCAUCGGCUCUUCAAAGGCGACAAGCUCAACCCUGAGGAGCCGGCCUUGCUCCGGACUAAGGCUGGCAUGCGACGGUGGCUAAGAAACCAGAAACAGGUCAUUGCGGAGGGCGAUAAGGCGCGUGAGUCGACUUCACAAGGCCUGGAGUCGGGCGGCGCAGGGGAAACACUAGCAGAAGGCAUUGAGGUGGAUGAGGAUCGAGUGAUCCCUGACUAUUACGAUGUCAUGUCGGGGGUCCCCGACUUGCCUGCUCAGCUACUCUGGAAAGAAGACUCUGAUGGCAACAUCGUGGAUGCAUCCGAAGAGUUCUUGAGAGUGCUCCCUCGAGGCUCCUUCACGCAACCAGACAGUAAAUUGGCCCGAAAGAUGGAUGCCAACAUGCGCCAGAUGCAGGAGACGCGGAAGAUCUGCUCGAAAAUCGGCAUCGUGAAGCAGAUGCAACUGCAGUCCCAGAUGUACCAGAAUCAAUUCCAGAAAUACCAGCCGGAGCCGUUCGUCGAGCAGGAUGUGCCAGCUCAUGUGAUGAACGAUGGGGGACCGGUCGUUUCUCCCUGGGUCUGCCGGGCUGCCUUACAGCGCUCCGUGGCGAAGAUCUUCUACCACACCGGCUUUGAGGAAUACCAGCCAUCUGCUCUGGAUGCGGUUACAGAUGCGGCCUCCGACUUUUUUCAAAAGAUUGGCGAGACGCUGAAGUCUUAUAUGGAGUCCCCCAAGGUACCGGUGACCGACUCGGCCGAUGCCACCGCUGCCACUCAGUGGAAGCGAGCCUAUACCGAGCCGGAGAUCGUGCUCCAUACCCUCUCGUCGGUCGGCAUUGAUGUGGAAUCUCUGGAGUCCUACAUCAAGGACGACGUGGAACGGCUUGGCACGAAGCUCUCUACCGUACAUGACCGGCUGCGCUCGCUGCUUUCCGAGCUCUUGCGACCGGCCCUUGCCGAUGGCGGGGAGGACGGCUCCAGCGCCUUCCAUGAUGGCAGUGAACAGUUCAUUGGCGGGGACUUUGCUGAGGAUAUCGACGAGGACUUCUUCGGGUUCAAGGAGCUUGGGCUUGACAAAGAGUUUGGUCUGGCUACCCUCAGCGUACCUCUUCACCUCCUACAGAACAGGAUGUACAAUGCCGCCCAGGCCCAGAACACAAGUGCUGCCCAGGCCGUCACACUGUAUCCACCACCGCCUUCAUAUCCGCGCAUCACGUCGGCGAACCUUUCGUCGCAAAUCGGCUUGGUCCAAGGAUUCUUUGGGUCGAAGCUUCAGACCAACAACAACGAGCCGCUGGUUGAAGACCUGGAGCUGCCACCGAAACAGCGGCCGAUGGCCGCCCGGCCUAGACUUCCCGCGUCCGGCAAAAUCCCACCGCCUUCGGGGCCCUCAGGCCCCUCGUCCAGUCCGCAGAAGCGUCCGCUCCCGCCAACCGCCCCGGGCCAACCCGCCGCGAAGCCCCCGGCCUCAGAACCCAGCAAGAAGAAACUCAAGAAAAACAGCGGAGUCGCCCUGAGUGCCCCUGAUCCACCGGCCGAGGGCGACGAUGCCGCUGCGGGCGCAGAGAGCAGCAAGGCUACAAACCCGUCAAGGACCACCUCUGGCAAAGCUUCCACAACAGAGGCAAAGGAUCAGUCGGCGGCACUCGAGGGCGCCGGUGUCGACAAACAUGCGCCAACGGGCCCAGCCGUGGUGAAUUCCAAUCACAAUAACGACAGCGCCGCGCCCCCGCCACGAGAGGACUCUGCAACGAUGCUGAGUAUUCGAGGCUGAACGGGACGGCGGAUGAUGCGUCAUGAUGUGUAUGAUCAUCUACCUUUUCCUCUGGUAUGGGGACGGCCCGGGGGUUUUGUACUGUAGUUUUCUCUCUCUCUUUCUCUCUUUC